UCUUAGCGAAAGUCAUAUAUAAGUUAUAUCGAAAAGUUUAAAUGACUUCAGAACAUGUUUCAAGAUACAAGACAUAGCAGACCGUGAACGAGACAUGUACAUUUUGUGUGUGGUACUUGUCCACGCGGGUUUAAUUGCCUCUGGAAGUGGCAUCAUCUGGUACAGAGGCUGCUAUCAUGACAUGAGCAAUCAGAUUGGACAAGAUGGGGUUAAUGUGCUGUCAGAAGAUUCACCUCUUGUUGGAUGUUCAAAACUCUGUGCAAAACAAAGGUACCUAUUUGCUGGAAUACAAAGGGGAGAUAACUGCGCUUGCCUUAACAACACGAACAGCCUGUCAGCAGUCAACAAAUCCUUCUGCUCACAACGAUGUUCUGGUGUUGCGGAAAAGCUGCCGCUGUGGUGUGGGGGGCAGGCACAGGAAUGGAGUCUGUACCAUGCUGCUGGACCCUACCUGGUCACACUCAACGCCCAGAUAGAAGCCCAAACAAUCGUGGUCAACUCAGCCGUGUCGCUCGACGCCAUACUGGAAUAUGCCAGAUAUAUCAACUUCACACAAGAAUCAGAUGAAGAAUGGCUUAAAAGCUACAAGCUUGUUUGGAGAGUAGAUGGCGAACAGUUUAGUGCCAAUGUCACAGGAUAUGGACGCAAGGUUUCCUCUCGAAGUGUGUUCACCUUUACAAGAGCUGGCACCAUCCAUGUUGAGGUCACAGCAAGUAACGCGAUCUCAUCCUUGACUCGGUCAUUUGUGGCGACAGUAGUGCUUCCUAAGCCCCAAGACCUUCAGAUUGUUCCAUUGAAUGACUCGGACUAUCUCCCAUCAUGCAUCCCAGAGGCCUACAGCAACCUUAAUGCCAUCGCAGCCUUCGUCAACAUCACCAUCACCUUCGAGGUGUCCGUCUCAGUUGGCACGAACCUCACUUUCAUUCUGCAACAUGGUAAGAGUGAUGGCGGCACAUUCCAGGAGUACAGGUCUGCAGCUGACUGUGAAGACUUGCAGUGCCAAGGAAUCAUCAAGGACUAUGAGUUUAUCAAGACCGGGGUGUAUGUUAUCGCAGCGACUGUCCAGAACGAGUAUGGAGCUGUACACGAGAACAUCACCGUGGUUGUCAUGGAACAGAGACUUGGUGAUGUCACUUUUGACCUUCAUGAAGACUCAGACAGCAGUGUCCUCCAAACCCAUGAACCUGUCAAGUUUCUGGUUACCCUGGAAACCACAGAGCGCCAACAUACCUUUCUCCGAGUCAACUUUGGGAUUGGUGAAGAAAAGAAGAUGUCCUUGAGGGAGCAGAAGAACAGGAGCCAAGAGAACGACAAGAAUGUUCUUGACGAUAGUCCUUCCCUUGAUGGUUUUGGUCUUGCUGCCAGCUAUGGUGAGGGCUGCAACCUCAGCAUCAUCUUCCAGUACACCUACGUCCUGGAGGGCACCUACAUGCCCCAGAUCCAUGUCUCCAGCAAUGUAGGCUACCUGAAGAUGGCUCUUCGGCAGGAUCUCAUCAUCCAGAAUGAGCUGUCUGGACCCAGAUUGCAGUUUGAAGAAUUUGUAAUGGUGAACCGGACUGCACUGUUUCUACUUUACUUCACAAAAUCUUCUGUGAAUCUGAGCGUGGUGUGGACAAUAUUUGACAGAGAGAAGUCAGUGGUUGAUAACUUCACAACCUCUCAUGCCCAACUGUACUAUAAUUUCACAGAAGCAGGGCAAUAUGAGUUGUCAGUCACAGCUUCCAACAGGAUCAAUUCUGUGUCAACAGUUAAGAAAAUCCUUGCUCAGACUGUAAUAUCAGGUCUUUCAAUAACUUGCCACCCACACAUUUAUGUCCGUCGUGGGCAGGAAAUCACCUGCACUGCAGAAAUCGAUUCAGGGAGUCUUGUCACAUUUGCAUGGAACUUCAAGGACAUGACAGCGAGCAAAAAAACAGAUGGAAAUCUGAAGUCAACUGUUGCUCAUUCAUUCCACCAAGAUGGAGUAUAUUAUGUCAGUGUCAUGGCUUCAAACUAUAUCAGCAGGAUGAUUGCCCAUUUAGAACAACCAGUAUAUGUGGAACAAGAAAUCAAGUCAGUUGACAUUUUCUCACAAGAUCAGCUUGUCAACCAAAAGGGACUCUUCUUCAUUCGUCCAGCUUGCAAAUGUCAAGUAAAUGUUCAGUUUGAUUUUGGUGAGGGUCGGAGGAACUAUGACAUGGACUCACCUCUGGAUCUGUACAUCUACAGAGCUUAUAACUUCACCUCACCAGGUGUAUAUAACGUUACUGUCUUUGCUUUCAACAAUAUUUCCAAUGCUUCCAACAGCUUGCAAGUGAGAGUGUAUAACCCUGUCAGGAGGUUCAACAUCCAACUUCAAGGUCAUGCCAUUAAAGGGUUGCCAACCGUGUUUGUUGCCAAGAGUGAAGGGCAGAUAUUGAACAGGAAAGAAUUCAUCUACAGAUGGUUGUUUCCUGGCCAAGUGACAAGAGAGACGUUGAUUCCGAUGGCCCAGUUUGUCUUUGAUGAUGUUGGAACAUACUACAUGAAUCUUACAGUGACAGUCCAAAAUAUGGUUGAUUCUGUUUCCCAGCAACUAGAGGUCAUAGUUCAUGAAAGGGCACCUGCAGGGGUUUGGGUACUACACUCUGGCAUUGUGCAGACAUAUGAAGUGGUGGAUUUCUCUCUACAUGAUCAUGACAAGAUCAACAGACUGGUUGUGAAUUAUUCGGAUGGGGAUUUAGAGGAAUAUUUCAGCAAGUCAAGCUGGAAGCACGCUUUCUCUGAACCAGGUGUUUACAAGGUGUCCGUGACCAUAUAUGGAAAUGGCACCGCGACCAAAUUACAGUCAUACAUUACAGCACAGAGGCCAAUCAGAGCAGUCCGAAUUGAAGGACCCUCGGCAAUCAAAAUCGAAAAUGAUGAGAGGUUGUACACCUGGACAGCCGUCCCCGAUGGCGGGUCCCAUCCACUCUACAUCUGGUCCAUCAACAACAUUGCCGCCAACAGAACCACCAAAUCUACAUAUACACUCAAUACCUUCACGAGGGCUGGAAUCAAGCGACUCAAUGUUCAAGCUGAGAAUGACGUCAGCAUGGUGCAAGCCUCCCUGAACCUGACAGUGCAGUACCCUAUCCUGUCUAUACAGCUUGACAUACCAGCCACCCCACUUGGCACCCUCACCAACAUCUCCAUCAUUGUCAAUGGCGGCAUGAACUUCUCUGUGACAUGUCACUUUGGGGAUGGCACAGUAACAACGUCGUCCUCACAGUCGCACAACGGCGGUGUUGCCACAAUACGGAAGGCCCAUGAGGAGAAGGGCAUUCCACCAGUCUAUCACCUCGUGAUGUCACACGUCUACGCCGACACGGGGGUCUAUGAUGUCAAUGUCACCGUCGCCAAUCUGUUCUCAGUUGUCGGUCAAGUGUCCAGGGCUCUGGUGGAUGAGCCGAUAUCAGGAAUCAACAUGCUGACCAACUCGGACACCCUGGUUCAAGUGGAGGAGGUGGUCACUGUGUCUGUGACUGUUGCCAGUGGUCGGGACCUGACCUUCAAGUGGGUACUGACUGAUGUCAACUCCAACCCUAUCGAGUAUUACAUCACAUCAGAAGUCUACAGUGAUGCCAACACCAGCAACGUCACCUACAUCUUCAUCGUGCCCAACAAGUACCGUGUGAGUGUCAUUAUUAAAAGCACCCUCUAUGCCAAACCAGUGGAGGCAACUUUGCCCAAAAUAUUUCAUGCUGUACAGAAGAUCACCAGCGUCAAGUUACAUGGGGACUUGGCUGCCGCGGCUGUGGAUCAGAAGAUAGAAUUUACAGCGACUAUCGUGGAAGAGGGCUCGGAUGUGGUCUAUCUGUUUGACUUUGGUGACGGCCAUACCCAGCAGAGUAACGGCACCACGAACCUCAUGAGCCACAUCGUCGGUGUUGUUUCACACACGUACACAGAAGUUGGUGUGUAUCGUGUGUCUGUGAUUGCGAUCAACCCACUGGGCAACGUGACAGCAGUCCUGAAGCCGUUCUAUGUGCAAGUACCACCCACCCUGCACGGGGUGAUGAUGCUUGACCAGAAGAAAUACUGUCUAAAGUUGCGGGAAAACAUCACCCUAGUGGCGCGCAUCCCCCACGGCACUAACAUCACCUUCAACUGGCAACUGGAUGACGAAACAGAACUUAUAGACACAGGUGAAUGGAUUACCCACAACUACCGCACGACUGGUCGGAAGUCGGUCAGAGUCAAAGCCUAUAAUAGAGUAGGCAAGAUUGAAGGUUUUACUAAUGUCCACGUUUUCAAUGAAAUACAAGGAGCUAAGUUGUCAGCCACCCGUGAUGUGGUCGGCACGAUGGAAAGAUUGGAGUAUGUGGCCAUCCCAGACCCCAACGAGACAGGAACUGUAGAGUUCUACAACUGGACUUUUGAUGAACAUGUGCAGACCUCAGAAAACCACAUCUCAUUUGCUUUUGCAAGUCCUGGAAAACACGUGGUCACAGUAGCGGCCAACAACUGCAUCAGCAGAGCGGUGUCCAAGCCGCUUGAGAUCCUGGUCAUGUCCAGACUGAAGAGCCUUGACAUUCAUGUGGAGGGGGAGAGCCUGGUGCAUCAGCCAAUCAAAUUUACUGCCACAUUCUGGAUUGGUGACAAUCUCAACUUCACCUGGGACUUUGGUGAUGGCUCACCUGUCAUACAAGGCCUCAAUGAAACUACUGUACAUCGCUUCAAUCGCACUGGGGAGUUUAUAGUCAAUCUGACUGCAGUCAAUGCUAUCAGUGGAGAUUCCGUGACUGUUCAGCUGUUUAUCCUGGAAUGGAUCUGUAAACCUCCAGAGAUCACGAUCCCAGGCACUACAGCCAAUAUGUUCACAUUUUACCAUUCGGAUCAAGUGCAUAUUGAAACUGCAGUGAAGAUCAACUGUUCUCCACGAGAGGAAGUGACUUACAUGUGGUCCUUCAGUGAUGUGGAGGGGACGACGGUGCAGCCAAUGAGAACGGAUGAGGACAUGUUGGACAAGCAGACUCUCAUCCUGUCACCCCGAUCUCUGGCCCCAGGGAUGUACAGAGCCACUGUCAAGGUUGAGAUGUACGAUACCAUAGUGUACUCCACCUCUGCGGUGGAUGUGACUAUCCUUCCCACCCCCCUCAAGAGCAUCAUAGAAGGGGGGAUGCAACGCACCAUUGGGCAGCAGGAGACUCUCUACCUGGACGGCUCCAACUCCCGCGACCCGGACCACCCCCACAAUGCAUCACUCAGGUUCAACUGGACGUGCCAGUCGCUGCCUAGAUAUGGCCUGUGUUACAACAUCACAGCGAUCAACUUGUUCAAAGCCAACACCAAUGACACGGACAUUGUGUACGACAGUGCUUCGUCUCAGUUGGUGCUGACUUCACCCAAGAUGGCCAUACCAGCUGGGUUCCUGCUGCAGGAUGAUAGCUACUUUUUGUUCACACUGGUGGUUUCCGCACCAGAUGGCCGACAAGCCACAAGUGAUCAAGUCAUUAAAGUCAAAGCGGAUAAUCAAACAAUAAGCUUAAAGAUAAGUUGCCACCAAUGCAGAGGAGGCCUUGUAAACAUGGACGAGAAGAUCUCCCUGAGGACUGAAUGCAUCAACUGCCCCUACAAUCUGACAUACACUUGGAAGAUAUCCUUGAUUGAGAACAGCUUCUCAGAACCUGAGCAAGAUUAUCGGAGUGACUGCAAACCCGAGGAAGCAAGUGGUCAACUCUCAUUGGUAUUGUCAGUAGCAUCAUGGAUAAAGAAAACUGGCCUGACAACCACAUCCACUGUGCCCCCUGAGGCCCCAACAUCUUCAUCCAUCCCGUCCUCUACAACACGGAAAAUAACAGAGUCAGUGCCUCGGAACAGAGGACUCCCUGGCUGUGGCCAGAUGUUUAAUAAAGACCUGGCUGAGAAUACAGUUGGAGAUGACCUUCACCUUGACUUACUACAAGAAGGGCUAAGCAAUGGAAGACAGAGACCGAGAAAAGCAGACAAUGGCGUGCCUCAAGUUGUGGGUGAGGGCACCUCUGGCAAGAGACCUUUUGGACGGCCACAAGUCAUUACCAGUGGGAUUAAUGAAGAAAUAACAGAGUCGAUGCCUCGGAACAGAGGACUGCCUGGUUGCAGCCAAAUGUUUAAUAAAGACCCCGCUGAGAAUAAAGAAGCAGACAAUGUCGUGCCUCAAGUUGUGGGAGAGGGCAUCUAUGGCAAGAGACCUUUUGGGCGGCCAAAACACAGUAGCAGUGGAAUUAAUGAAGGUGCUUCUUCUGGCAGAGACAAGGUUCUGAUCUCAGGAAAGAAGCCCAGCCCCUACAAGCAGCACAUCUCCAGCAGCCCCAGGGUCCCCAUCCCACUGCCGGCAAAUCAAACAUACACCGGGCUAGACAAACAGUCCCUGGUCAUCAAGCCUGGCUACCUCCCCCAGAACUGGACCUACGUUGUCCAGGUCUCGGCCAAAGCCCAAGGUAUGGAGGCGUCCUGGGCUGAGGUAUACUUCCAUGUCAAUCGGAGUCCCAGCAAGGGCACAUGCUCCGUGCGACCACUGACCGGAAUCGAAAUGGACACCCAGUUCACUGUCUUCUGUCUGGAAUGGAAAGAUGAGCACCUGCCGCUGAUCUACGAAGUCGGCUACAGCAUGGGAAAGGGACAGAGGACGUCCAUCAUCUACCGAGGGGCGAGUCACGAGAUCAACUUCUAUCUGCCAGCAGGACACCCAUCCGAUAACUACACAGUACUCCUCUCUGUUUCGAUCCGGGAUAACUUUGGAGCCAGGACCUCUUACUGCUUUAGUCCGGUCGUUGUCCGUCCGAAGGAUUCAAGGAUCGGAGAUAGAGUCGAUUCCCAACAAAAAGGCAAUGGCAGCUCUCUGGAUCCUCUGGUGUUGUUUUACAAACCGUAUCAAAAAGCCAAGAAUUAUGGUGAUGACAGAGCGACAUGUACACUCAUCGGCAACAUGGCCACCUGGAUGAACAGAUCCCCGAAGGUGAACAUGUCCUCUCUAGAAUGGUUCAUGAGAGAGGAGACGCGGAACAGGCUCCUGGACGACCUGCUCAAGCUGCCCCUCCGAGAUGAGGUUGAGGUUAUACAGAUUGCCCAGUCACUGGCGGCCACCACAGCUGUACCCCAAGAGCUCAGUACUCGUUCCUUGAAGCGGGCUCUCCGACUCCUGGAAUCGAUACAAACACGGACAGAGGUUCUCUACGCGGAUAUUGCCGAUCCAGGCGAAGAUAUCCUAACUCUGGCCAUCCAGGCUGUGUCCAGCAUCAUCGGGGCAUCGGUGGAGCAGGCUGAUAAGCAGGGUCCCCGGACCCUGACCAUCCGAGCGAUGACCGUCCUGGACAAGCUGCUGCAGGUGGAGCUUAAUCAUCACUCAAUCGGCGAGGCCCCCAUCCAGCGAUCAGCUGAGUUUGUGUCAGUGCUGGGGUCCCGAUACACACCGAGGUUGGCCACCAUCAUCAGCAUCAAUGAUGCUCAGUUUAAACUGCCAUCCAAUAUGGCCGCCAUUACUCAAACAGCCAGAAAAGUCAGCCCAAAUCAGGAGUCAAGUUCAAUGAAUGCUGAGUGCUUUCAGGCUCAUAUGACUUCUUUCAAGAAAAAUCCAUUUUCCCAUCUUGGUGACCAAAUUUGGAAAGUGCAAGCCGAGGUGUUGGCCCUCAACCUGUAUUCCUGUGAUGGGCAAAACAUUUCCGUCAAACACCUACCUUCAGAUGCUGAAGUGUUUAUACAGAUUCCCCAGCAAGAACGGGAAGGAGCCACUUACAGUACACAUGUGCUUGACAAGAAGUACAUGAAUGUCCAUCAGUUCAAUCUCACAAGGCAGAAUCUAGACCAGCCCUUCCACAUCUCUAUUCAACUUGACCCAGUGCCUGGUCGAAGUUUCCCAAUCGCCCUGCUUAUAGGCCAAUUCCACCACCCCACCCCCCAACGGUACUACCUAAGACAGAACUUCCCGACUGGACAAGACAACAUCACAAUAUUCCUGCCCACUGGAACUUUCAAUGACAGCGGGAUGUAUUACCUUGGAAUCGUUGACUCCCACUACAACGCGGGCCGCCAUCGAGAGGGCCAGGUGCUGGCUCGGAACUACACCUUCUCACUGUGGCUAGAUAAUUGCCUCUUCUGGGAUGAGAAGCAAGCCGCAUGGAGUCACAAAGGUUGCCAGGUGAUGGAAGAUUCCACUGCCGAGCAAAUGCGUUGCAGGUGUGACCAUUUGACUGCAUUUGGAGGGCACAUUGACCUUGUCGCAAAUGAUUUGAAUUUCAUAGAUGUUGACAGCUUCUUCAGUCUUCAUGAGAACCCAGUGACGAUUGUGCUUGUCUGUCUUGUGUUUUGCACAUACUUCAUACUGUUGGCACUUUGCCGUCAGGCAGACAUACAUGAUGAGAAGAAAGGCAGAGUUGUCUACCUUACAGACAAUGGAGGAAGUGAUAAACAACAAUAUGAGGUUACCGUGGAAACAGGAUUCCGAAUGGGAGCUGGCAGCACUGCAAAGAUCAGCAUGAUCAUUCAUGGUGAGGAAGGGAUGUCAGAGACGAGGGAGCUCAUCAGUGACGACAACCGUCCACUGUUCGAGUGCAACUCCAGGGACAAGUUUGUCAUGACUCAUCCUGAUAGUCUGGGCAAGAUCUGGAAAGUGCAGCUGUGGCACAACAAUUCUGGCCCCUCCCCCAGCUGGUACCUGAGUCGAGUCCUGGUUCGAGAUCUCGUUACAGGACACGUGUACUACUUCCUGUGUGAGAGAUGGUUUGCUGUGGAGGAGGAUGAUGGGAAGGUGGAAAGAGAAGUAAUGGCGUUGGACGGAGAUAUCGGAUUCUCAACGGUAUUCUGGGCUAAGGGCACGCAGUACAUGGCAGACUUCCAUCUUUGGACGUCGCUGAUGACACGCCCGGCUCACAGCCGCUUCACCCGCACCCAGCGCCUCACCUGCUGCCUUACCCUGCUCAUGUCCUAUAUGUGUCUGAAUGCAAUGUGGUACAAACAGACCGUGACAGAGGUGCGAGGAGAGUUUGGGCUGCUGGACGCAUCCUGGCAGAAUGUGAGCAUCGGAGCCAUCAUCUGCAGCCUCAUCAUCCCCCUCAACCUCCUGCUGGGCUUCCUGUUCAGGAGAAGUAGGGUGCGUUACCCAGGCUCGGAGCCGGACAAGCCCGAGUACGUGAGUGGGAAGCCAAGCGAGGAGGUGUCAAGGGAGCAUGAGGAGGAGACCGUCCAGCCCAUCAUGACGUACUCCCUGCUGGACCAGUCCAUCCUCAACUGGCAGAGCAUCCAGGACUGGGCCCAGAAGCAGUGGAUCAAGAGAGAGCAGGCCGUGCACUCCGGCUCCAACAGCGUGAAGACCAGCCACCCCAGCAGCCCCCAGACCCCGGCACCACCCGUCCUGCUCACACUCAGGAAAGAGGAGGAAACUGAUGUAGCAUCAAGUGGGUUUGAGGACUCAACAAGCCAGGCUUACUCCCAGGGUGUAGCAGACAAGAACCGGGUGCAGCCCAUAGCAAGCGCACCUUCCCCCAGCCCACCACCCAAGUGUCAGGACACCUACCACAGAGAUCAGCACCGACUCCAUUCCAGUCAGCGAGUCUUCCUGCCAUUUUGGUGCCGCUAUAUUGCAUGGACACUAUGUGCCGUUAUCUCAGUUGGCUGUGCUGGCAUCACGGUGCUAUAUGGCUUCAGGUUCGGGAAGACCAAGAGCACCAUGUGGCUUCAGUCCCUGUACUUCAGCUUCAUGAUGUGCAUCUUCAUAGCACAGCCAUUCCUGAUCCUGCUGACAGUAGUGUACACGGCCAUGAAGCAUCGCCAGGAUCCGUGUGUCCUCGACCACUACGAUGACGGCUUCUACGGCAUGGACAAUGAGUUGGCCCGCCGCCGCAAACAGCGGGAGGUGGAGUGUGAGGAGUGGGAAGAACUUGAGAGGGGCGUGGCAGCUAGACAGAGGUGCCGCUACCUGAGGUUUGCCCGGCCCCCUCAGGAAAAGACGUUGAUUGAAGCAAGGAAGAAGAUCAUCAGAGAGAAGAAGACGCUGGGCCUCUUCAGUGAUAGUGUGGUGUUCUCCGUGAUGUUCCCGCUGUUGACUAUCAUGGCGUACGGGAGAGACACAGCAUCGCCGUUCUACUGCAACCAGGCCAUCAAGGAUGCUUUUGUAAAUUCCGGUCAGCUACCCUUCUCCCAGAUCCAGACUCGUGGGGAGUGGUUCGAGUGGAGUCGGAUGACGCUGUUGGACGGUGUGUACAGUCAGAGUGUGUCCGUCACACCCACUCAACCACACAAACAGAUGGCCAUCGGUCACCUCAACAGUUACCUGAUCGGUGACGUGCAUGUCCGACAGUUACGAGUGGGCCAGGAAGACUGCAGCAGCAUCAGAUACGUCACCACAACAUCACCGUGUCGGUAUCAGUACAGCAGCAGCAGGCGUGACAACAGCAUCGUGGGAGUCAACUCCUCCUGGACGGAUCCCACCCCCUACAGCUUUUUGUUGUGGGGACAACAUGGCACCUAUGACCCAACCGGCUCCACUAUCCAGCUGUCACGGAACAGGUCCGAGGCGUACAGACAACUGCGUGAGUUGGAGGAGUCCAGCUGGCUGGAUGUUCAGACUCGAGCAGUCAUCGUGGAGCUCACCCUCUUCAAUGUUCCAACAAACCUCUUCAGUUCAGUCACACUACUGCUCGAGUUUCCACCAACAGGGGGAGCUGACCCGUAUCCCAUCGUCAUGGCGACAAGGGUAUUCUGCUACAUCAGUGUCUGGGACAACUGUGUAUUGGCCUGUGAGUUGGUGUUUGUGGUUCUGACACUGAUGAAGAUAAGAUGUGAACUUUGUGAGAUUGUCCGAAAUCAAGCAAAAUACUUCAACAACCUGUGGAACUACUUGGAGUUUACCUUUGGCCUGCUGUCCUUGACCUAUGUUGUGUGCUACGUGUUCCGCUUUGUGUUGGUGGCCGACAUCGUGGAGGACCUCCGGAACACCUUUUACGAGGAGUUCAUCAAUGUCUCCUUCCUGGCACUCUGGGAUGAGAUCCUGAGAGCUGAAGUGGGACUGCUGUUGUUCUUCAUCAUUGUGAAGUUUGUGCCACUCCUGAGAUACAUCACAGUGUGUGCCAAGUUCAGCAACAUCUACAGACGAGCACGGAAGGAGAUCAUCCUCUUCAUGGCCCUGUAUGUCUUUAUCCUGUGUGCCUUCACGGGUUUGGGAGUGGUUCUGUUUGGCUCUGUCUCUCUUGGGCUGAGGAACGCCUGGUUUGGACUGUGGUCAAUGACAGCAUUGAUGGUGAGGAUACACGCUUCACCUGACCUGGAGGUCAACAGCUCCCCCUGGUGGCUGAUAUUUGUAUUCAGCUAUCUUGUCUUUGGCGUUGGACUGCUCACAAGCUAUAUGGUUGCAGUGAUGUCUCGCCGGCUGAAGGUGUACAAGCAAGGGGACAUUGCCAUGAUGGGGAUUGUUGACAGCAUCAAGUGUCUGUACCAGAGGCUGCUGCUGUGUUCUGGCAUCCAGAGAGUGCAGCCCAUCGAGGAGCCAGAGAAUGUCCUGCCUCCUGAGUUCACCAUGGCGGAGAUCGAGUACCAGGUAGAUGAGCUGCUGUUCAGGAUGAACAACCUGGCUGGCUCCAGCAGCCUACCGGAGAAACCACAGGGUUACCUCACAGAUUCCACGGACGCCAGUCACGGAGCAGGGGAUGAUGGAAUAUCUAGCGGCGGGGGAUCAGAGGAUCAAGCAGGUGUGGGGACAGACCGCCUGGAGCUGAGGGUACAGAAGAUUGAAGACAAGCUGUAUGCUAACGAGCCAUACCUGGCACAGCUGCUCAAACUAGACAGCAUUGGUGCGGAUGUGUUGUCCCAGGAGAAGGAGAAACAGCUCAGGUCUCACCUUGAACUGGAGAUCUUCAGACAGCUACAGAUGCAGAGACAGGAGCAUGGUGGCACAACCCAGCUGCUUAGCAACCAGAAUCCUGGCAUCACUGCAGCACUGCAGGGUAGAAGUGUGGAGCGUUCACCAUCAUCAGCCUCUAAUGGAAGUCAUAAGCUGCCACACCUUGAGUUGCCAAAAACUAAGGAUUUAGUUGCCAGUCUAACAAAACCAAAGCCUAAAUCUGGAGCUUCACCAAUAUGUCCAGAAAGGUCAAGGUCAGAUGUGAGGAGCCCACCAAGUCUGGCCUCGCCAUCAGGGAUACAUCCAGAGGCAGGGUCAUCAAGUCCAGAGUCACCUCAUAACAAGAGGUCAGGGGACACAAGACCAAAGGUGAAGGUCGGACCUCCUGUGCCACCUAAACCUGUCAGUAAUCUUCUGCUCAGCAAAAGCCCAUCCAGUAGGUUGGGGAAAUCAGGUAAACCAUCUUCAUCAUCAGAGAAUGCCAGUCCCCAGAGCUCAGAAAGUGAGAAGGUUCACAGGAGAACAGACUCGUCGUCUGGCCAGUCUGGCAGCAUAGAGAGGACUGGAAGUGUGAAACAACCAACAAUCAAACCAGAACUCCCUCCUAAACCCACAUUCAUACAGACAACUUUAGAUGAACAUGCUCACUUUGACUCCAAUAAAUCCUUGUCUGUGGGCAGCCAGAAACAAAGACAGUUUAAACUUCCACCAGAGAGAGUCCUUCAGAGAGGGGACCUGUGUGGAAAUAUUGCAGCAGAAUCCAGUUCCGGUUCGGAGCAGGAUGCUGCUCACUUUGGUCGACGUCCAUCUGGGAAGCGGAAUCUCCGGAAAACCAAGUCCCGAGGGAAGGGGAAGGGAUCUGGUGGUUUGUCACCUGCCUUGAUGCUAGAGGAUUUGACUCUGGAUAAUCCGGAGAUAGAGGACCUGGAGCAGGCGGGCAUUUUGGAGGAGAACGUCAUCCAGGAACAGGAGUUGUGAUACAAGUGCUCAAAUACAGUUCAUUACCAUUCAUGACAUGGCAGUAUCAUUGACAUGGAAUCACUUGUCAUGUAGACCAGGAAAAAGGACAUGGGCACAGUGGCCUAAGAUGCUGAGAUUUCAUUUUCAAAAAUGUAUUAGGGUCUGAUUAUUCCUGGUGAGAAUGUCAGCAUCAUACUUGGGUUUCAAAUGUUUGUCAAAAAGCUGAAGCAUUAAGUGGUGUAAAUCAGCCCUACGUUCGUUCCCACCCCUGCAGCAAGCCUGCAAGGAAACCACAGCUUACUGAAACAGGACCCAUUACUGUACGUUCGUUCCCACCCCUGCAGCAAGCCUGCAAGGAAACCACAGCUUACUGAAACAGGGCCCAUUACUGUACGUUCGUUCCCACCCCUGCAGCAAGCCUGCAAGGAAACCACAGCUUACUGAAACAGGGCCCGUUACACUACGUUCGUUCCCACCCCUGCAGCAAGCCUGCAAGGAAACCACAGCUUACUGAAACAGGACCUGUUACUCUGGUCAGUAGUCUUCAUGCUGUGUCUCUCAACUGGAGCAGGAGUUUUUGCGAAACAUGAACUAGAAUAAGAACAUUCAUUCUAUACUGAAUUGAUUUCUUUAGUAAGAUUGUUCUAUUCAAAACCUUUUAUGUUUGGAGGAAAUGUUUUUUAUAUUACUUUGUAUUUUCUUGAUCAAAGUUUUGAUAGGAUACUGUUUUGACUUUGAAUACAUAAACUGUGUUAUGUAUGAGGUCAUAAAAUCAACUGCACAAGUGUUGUGUACAAUCAAGAACUUUCAUAUGUACAUCCUUAUAUUUGUCUCAUUUUAUUAUUCAUCAUAAUAUAGUCAGCGAGCUUCAUGAUCAAAUAUGUACAAAAUAAUUGUUAUUGUUCAGUCCAUGUUGUGCCAAAUAUUUAAAACUGUUAUCUUAGUUUCAAUUUCUAUUUCUUGUGGAGAUUUGUGGUGGGGAAAGCAGCAGUGUCCAAACUUGAGACACAUUAAUCAGAUGCAGGUGUCAUUGGCCCAACACGACACUAUGCCAUUGCACACCACUCUGAUGAUUAAACUUUUGUCACACAUGUUGUUUUGUAUCCUGUUAAUCAAGAUGUGAAGCGAUUGGAAAUGUUUUAUACAAAUAAUGGUAAAUUAUAAUUCAAUACAGUAAAGAUCAUAUCUGGAAUUAAGGAAACAAAGAAAUGGUAGAAAGCAGUUUAAAGUUUACCUUUAAUAUUUAAGGAACAAUAUUUUGACAGUCAGAAUUGAAAUUUCUUGAGAAUGUAUUACAAGGAUUAUUUAUAUGCAUACUUUUAGUCAAAUUCACUGAAAUAUUUUUGUGACCAUUCAUGUUACUUUUGUGAUCUAUGCAAAGAUUUGUGACUAAAUAUUUAUGUUGUGACUAGACAGUCUUGUUGACAAGCUAUGCAAAACUUUUAUAUUCAACACUGUUUCCAAACCUACAUGCAUAUUUUAUUGAGUUUUGAAGUUGAAUGUUGAUAUCAUACAUGUAUCUAGUGGAGAUCUAGUCAGACAUUUCUCGUGCAGUAAUGUGCCGUUAACAUACAUUUUUUUAUGUUAUGCGUUGUUUGUUAUUGUAUUUGAAAUAGCUAAAUCACACUCAGUUUAUGAACAUGUAGCAUCAAUCCGUCCAGAAUAUUUUAUCAUCAUAUCCCAUAGAUUUCAUAUUCUGGCCUAUCAGAGUGGAGAGCUUUUGUCGUUGGAGAAGAAAUUCAGAAUUAUUUACUUUCUGAAUUCAUUGGUUUGACCAUAUUGUGUUCAGCAUUAUUACAACAAAACAAACUACAGGUUUGAUGAGAGUGAAUGAUGCUGUAUUCCUGCCAAUAUGUCCUAUGCUAUAUAUGUUUGUCCUAGAAACUAGUCCUAUUGACUGUAACUGAUAUAUGGUUAUACUAUUUUAUUGUUUGAUACAUUUUAGUGUCUCAUAUAUUUUACAAUGAAUAAAAUUGGUGAUAUUUA